AUGCCUUGCAUGUUAAAAUCCUUAUUCCCAGCGCCUCAUGUUUUCACAAGGAAAACCUCAUGCCGACUUCUUCACACAAACCACAGUUUUCACACAUAUAACCUGGUGAAAGAACUGGAGCUUCGUGGAUUCGCUCGGGGACAAGCGGUUGCCAUAAUGAAAUGUUUACAGGCAAUGUUACUUGAUAGCUCUGCGUUAAUACAAAGUCAAAUGCUCUCAAAAUCAGAUUUGGAAAAUGGACGAUAUUUAUUUAAGGCUGCACUUUCAGAGCUACGUACAGAAAUUCAAAUUCUACAUAAAAACGAUUGGUCAGCAUUACGUCUAGAAACAGCAAGUAUUCAACGAGAACUUGACGUACUGAAUUCGAAAAUGAAAGAAGACACCACCGCAUUAAAACACGAGAUACAGAUGGAUGUUAAUACGCGUAAAGCCGAAACUCGAGCAGAUCAGAAAAAGUUAGAGAUAAAAAUUGAAGAGUUGAAUAAUAAGUAUACCAUCGCGUUAGGUGAUAUAAGAACUGAUAUCGAGGCUGUAAAAUGGGAUACGACUAGACGAGGGAUGAUGGCAAUAUUUGGAAUGGGAAUAUGUGCUAUUUUUGUAACUUUUCUCAUUUCGGAACAAAAAUCGAAUGAAUCUAAAGUAGAGCCAUUUCCAUCGACUGAGGAUCAAUCAACGACCUUAUUUUCCACAUCAUAA